ACACACACUGCUUUCGCGCCGUUUGUGCUGUCUGUGUUUUGUGUUUUUGGUUCUGCCUUUUGAUUUCCUUAUUUUUAUUCGACCUGGACUGCCCCUGGACUUAUCUGAUAUUGAUUUUCUAUUGUGUGAAUAUUAUAUUGCGUGCCCAAAGGACUUCGAUUCUGCUACACCCGACGACAUUGUGCUAUUCUCAUCUGGACUCCGAUUUGUGCCCUAAGAUUUUGGUCUAGUUGUCACAGUAAUUCUUAAUUCAGACACGAUGAGCGAUCGUGACAGAGUUACUCGCAUUAUGUGUAUCAACUGCAACAUAUGCGUUAAUACACUGCGUCGAUACCGUGCUUUGGAACUUAACAUAAGAGUUACCACGUUACUCUGUAGCUGGGUGUAUCCACAAAUCAUUACCGAAGAUGACUAUGUCUGUGAAGCAUGUAGAGAUCUUGCAAUGAUAAGUGUAAAUCAUAGCUUACAAGAAAUAUCUGGCAUUGAUGACCAACAACCUGGACCAAGUCACCGAGGCCAUGCUAGUGUAUGCGUUUUAUGUGGGUGCUCUAUUCUGCAAAGGCAAAGUGACAGAAUAUUGAGAGAUAACCCUACGGACUUGCAUCAGUUGAUGUAUACCCUUAUUGAGAACAGGGUUGCUCCAAGACAGGUGUGCUAUGUAUAUUUUAAUUUUUAGAUGACUGCCUUAGUCAAGUGGUCUGCUCGGACUAUGAACCAUCAGUUGCGGGUUCGAAACCCGCAAGUGGCAAAUGUUUGUGUGAUGAACAUGAGCAUUUGUACUUCAGUCAUGGAUGUUUAUAAUUGUAUAUAAUUACUAUCCAUUAGCCUAGUUGCCAUAGCAUAAGCUCAAACUUAGUUUUGAGCUAGGUAAUCGUUGUGAUUGUUGUUGUGGUUGAAUAAUUUAUUUAUUUUGGGCAGUCUCAUAUUGUGAAAAAGACAUAUUUAUCUUAGAGCUAGAUAUUUAAGCAUUUGGUAUUUUUGGUCCCUUAGUAUACAUAUACUAACACAUAUAUCCUUGAUUUGAUUUCCAAAUGUUAUGAUUAUUAUGUGCUUAUAUGUUAAUCAAACCUAUGAAUGGGAGUAAAAUAUAUUGAAAAGGAUUUUACUGUUAUGACUAUUUUCGCACAUAUUUUAUUUGAAAAAAAGUUGUUGAUUUUUCUCAUUAAAGCAUUUUUUUUAUUUCUAGGUUACAGAAACUGAUAAGGUGUGUCACCCUUGUUGGUUGCGCACUCAAAGAGAGGCCCGUCGUACCCAUGAUGUCAACAGACCACAAUCUACAAUUGAGGAGCCAUCAACAGCAGAUGAGCCUAUAUUAGCAGGGGUGCAGUCUUGUGUUUCAAAUGAGGAAGUGAGGCACGCACCAAAUGGACUAACUUUACCAGAUUAUAGAAGAGCAGCUAAUAACAACAAUCGUUGUGUUUUCAAGGAUUGUAACAGUACCACAUUGCAUGGAAUCAGUGACAAACUCCGUGCUGUAGUCCUGAGCAAUCACAACUACUACAUACCCAAACUAGCUCGUGUUUGCAGUGAACAUUUAAGUAGCAAUUUAUGGGAGACACUAUAUUAUUCUGCAAAUAGUUUGGACACUUUCACUGCAGACCAAGUCCAACAUGUAUUUUCUUUUAUAAAGGUUAAUACAACAAUGGACUUUGAAAAUAUUCUUGAAAUGGAUGACAGAGUAUUCGAAUACUGGAUCGGAUUUACUAAAGAAAAGUUCAACAGUAUAUUAGAAGAAGUUCCACGUAUAAAUGAAACACGAAAAGGAUGCUUGGGCCUAGCAGCACUUUUAAUGAAGAUGAGGACAGGGGAUUCAGAUGAAAGAAUUGCCACUUUAGUACAAGUGCCACGCAGAACAUUAGAGAAUUCAAUAGACAAAAUAAGAAAGAUUUUGUGCCCCAAAACUUGGGAAUUUACCAGUUAACACGAGAGCAACUGCUGGAGCACAAGUUAACAAUACCACAUGGCAUUUUUGGAAAUGAAAACAACACCAACGCUCUUGUAAUUUGUGAUGGAACAUAUAUAUAUAUAAAUAAAAGUUCAAACUACAUGUUCCAAAAGCAGAGUUACUCCCUUCACAAAUAUAGAAACUUAUUAAAACCAUUCAUGAUUGUCGCAUGUGAUGGAUAUAUUGUUGAUUGUUUUGGCCCAUACAAAGCAACUACAUCAGAUGCAGAAAUAAUGACCAAUUUGUUCAGUGAGGGUUCCGCCUUAAGAUCAUAUUUUAGAGAGAAUGAUAUAUUUAUAUUGGAUAGGGGAUUCAGAGACAGUAUAAGUUUUUUAGAAGGAUGUGGGUACAAACCAUAUAUGCCAGAAUCUUUAAUAGAAGGUGAACACCAACUCACUACUGCUCAAGCCAAUCGGAGUCGCUGUGUCACAAUUUGCAGAUGGGUGGUAGAGGCCGUGAAUGGUCAUUUUAAAAGAGAUUUUAAAUUAUUUCGACAAGAAUAUUUCCAUAGGUCUCUACCACACAUGAUGCAAAACUUCCAAAUAGCAGCGGCUCUGUUAAACAGGUUUGGUGUUCGCUUUGUAGAUAAUAUAUAUGCCACAGAAAUAUUAGAAAUAAUUAGGCAGCAAAUGAAUUUAGAAAAUAAUCUGGCUAAUAUGGUUGAAGCUCAAAAUAUGAACAGACGCACAUCCUACUUUCAAAGUAUUACUGCGGAUAGGAAUAAUAUUUUGUAUUUUCCAAUAUUAGAAAUGAGAGAUCUGAUUUUGUUCGCCCUGGGAACGUACCAAAUUCGACAAGCUCGCUCAUAUUACGGCGAGCAUGUGCGUUUCCAUGGCGGAUACAGAAUAGAAGUCUGUAGUGAGCAAUUUCAUUCAUCUGAAUACGAUCUUAGGGGUUCUACAAAUGGAACUACAUUGAUUAGAGGCAGAAUUAAGUCAAGGCAUGUAACCCGGAGACAAUAUUAUGUAUAUAUUUUAUUAGAAAAUAAUAUACCUGGCCGAACAGGAAUCACAGAGUACUGCUGUAGUUGUUUAGUAGGUCGGCGCACAGUAGGCUGUUGCGCACAUGUCAUGACCUUAGUUUGGUAUUUAGGAUGGGCCAGACAUCAGCAACAUAUCUCAGCACCGGCAGAGUUUUUAGAUGGUGUAAUUGUUAGGGAAGAUGAUGAAGAAUAAAUGUUGUAUAAUU